AUUGAAAUCGACAUUCAGAACCACCAUUUGACAAAGUCCUCAAUCUUUGCAAAGUUCCUGAGAACUGGUCAGAGCAAGUCAGCCGUGGAGGGGGCAGUUUAUUUCAUCGCUGAUCUAAAAUGACUGUGGUGCCAGUCCGAGAAGACAUUGCCGUGUCGUGCUGAGCCGGGGGCCACCUCAACUUUAACUGGACUAAAGACUAAAAACAUAAGAAGAAAACAGGAAGUCAAAACUUUUAGGAGCCAGUAAACAGCAAGUUGUCAGACUUUGGAGAGUGGAUAACAAGACAAACUGUACAGCUGCAAGUUCAAGUUCGAGGUCAAACUUGUAGACCACUUCAAAUCGACGUUUUUAAACUAUCAAAGCCUGGAAAAACUCCCAACAAGCUGCUUAUGCUUUGGUUGCCUUCCUGCAUUGUUUUAGCCAUCAUUUUAUAUCAGUAGUCCAAGAAAUAAUAAAUAGUACUAAAGCAUCUGGACCAUCUGGACAGCAGCAAGGUCAGAAGCCAAACUUAUGGACCCAUGGAUUAAUGAUUGAAUGCCUUCCUGCGUAGUUUUUAGCCACCACUUUCUAUCAUUUAAAGUAGUGUCAAGCCGGAUGGAAUCGUGAAUGAUCUGUACAGCUGCAAGGUCGAGUCGAAAGUCAAAACCUAUGGACCACUGCUGCUUGAAAUGAAAUCGACAAGCUGUUAGUACUCCUCUAUUGCCUUCCCAAGUCGACCAAUCAGAAGUCCCUCUGUUUCUGCGUAUUGCACUAUUGAAUGAACUGAACUGCAGCAAGGUCAAACCAAAAGUUAAAACUGAGGACUACAAUUUCAAAACACACUUUUGAUGCCUUUCGAGUACUGUUUGUGUUGAAUGUAAAUGAUUCAACCUAAUUGAAAAGAUCAGCUUGUCUACAUAUUACCGGAUUUUUUUUUUUUUUUGUAAUUGACAAACAGUUCUGAUGAAAAGUCUGAAAAAAGUGAAAUAGCUUCAUGUUUUAAAACUGCUAGUUUUUGCCAACUGCUUCCUGGCUUUUUCAUAAACUAUUUGAAAAUAACUCAGCCAAUCAAUCAACCAUUCCAGUGUUCCAGUCAGUCUUACAGUACACUUCACUUUCUUUUCUCCACCCGUUCCUCCUUAUCUCCACGUGGACUGUUGAUGUGUAGCGAUGGCCGUGGGACAGAAAGAUGCAGUCUGGUCCACUCAAACUCCCUCCAGGCCCCCUCACACCCCCAUUGCCUCUCGGACCGGCUGAACUCCCAGCAUCCUUUGCAGCAUCGGCAGCAGAAGCAGAAGGCUUGGAGCGGGACAGGGCAGUAUGCAGGAGACUGACAUACCGGCCACGAAUGCCUUCACAGAGUGCAAGUUCCAGUGCACCAAUGGUAAGUGUCUGCGCCUGGGCUCUCUGAUCUGUAACCAGCUGAAUAACUGUGGAGACAACAGUGAUGAGGAGAACUGCCCCGUGGUGACGCAGCACCCUCCCCCGGGCAUCUUCAGCUCUGAACUGGAGUUUGUUCAGAUCGUCAUCAUUAUCGUGGUGAUGACGGUGAUGGUGGUGGUCAUCAUCUGUCUGCUGAACCACUACAAACUGUCCACCUGGUCCUUCAUCAGCCGGCAGAGCCAGGGGCGGAGGCACGACCACGCACUGCAGCAGGAUGGGUGUCUGUGGCCUUCUGACAGUGGAUCUCGACAAGGAGCUUCAGAGGUGCUGUACGCCCCUCAGGCUCACCGGGACCGCUUCACGGCGCCCUCGUUCAUGCAGCGUGACCGAUUCAGCCGCUUCCAGCCCACGUACCCGUACCUGCAGCACCAGAUCGACCUGCCCCCGACCAUUUCCCUGUCAGACGGAGAGGAGCCCCCACCAUACCAGGGCCCAUGCACCUUACAGCUGCGAGACCCUGAACAGCAGAUGGAGCUGAACCGCGAAUCGGUGCGGGCACCACCCAACCGAACCAUCUACGACAGUGACUUGAUUGACAUGGGAGGGGGUGGGGUUUUGGGUGGGGGGGUCAGCGGGGCAGGUGGACCCAGACCGCCUAGCAGUAACUCGGGCAUCAGCGCAGCCAACUCCAGCACCCACGGGCGCAUGGAGGGCCCACCACCGGCCUACAGUGAGGUGAUGGGUCACUACCCUGGAGCUGCGUUCUUUCUUCACCAGCACAGCAAUAACCAGAGGGUGGGGGGGCCUGGCAGCAGGACGAUCCAGCAGCAGAGCCAAUCAGAAAGCACAAUAGUACCUGCCAAGGCCAAGGACGGCCGACCGGAAGACCUGGUGUGAGGAGCCUGAGGCCCGGACUGAACUCUGUCCUCUGUUCUGUCUCUGCUGUGGCCAACAUCACCUCUGCUCUCAUACAGCAGUACUCACAGGCAAAUGAAUUUACAGUCCAGCGCUAUUGUGCUGUGUUUUAAAAGCUUCAAUAUUACAGACAAUUAACUGCAAAACAUGCACAUUUGCAUCUGUUUCAAACAAAUGUAAAUUGUGGCUUUUAGUGUUUUUGGCUAACAAUCUCAUAAUGCCACAUGUUGCAUUGUUGAGCUUAAAUAUUAGCAUUAAGCAUUCCACAGCUGUCGGCCCUGACAUUAAACGGCUAGAAUAACUUCUUUCAAAUGUACUGUUCAUUGUAUGGUGAGUGGGGGUGUUUUUUGGCACACAGCACCUGUCUCUCUCAUGUCCUCUGUCCACACUCCCAUGCACAAAUAAAUAUUAGCUACAAGUUAACAAAGGACAGUAAGGAAGCAAGCGCAGACUUGUGUUUCCUGUGUUGGAGUCCAAAGCGCUGGCUGGACGUAUGCACUGGGUGGAGAGGCUUUUCCCUCACGCCACAAACUGCAGCACAGAAUGAAAUGCUUUCCUCUUAACGUCCUCCUGUCACCAGAACUGAGGAGGGUCACUUUAUUGUCAUUUUGUUUUCUUUUCAUUUUGGACCGGGAUCUGUGCACAAAGCGAGAAUCAAGGACUACUUCUUCUAGAGAUCACAACUAAAACAACUGACUCCAAACCCAAAUCUUAGUGCCAAGGUUCAUGAGGAAGCAAAAUAAACGGAAGAACUUCAACAUUCAACACAAACAAGAAAACGCUAUCUUAAAGUUGCACUAUCUUUUUGUUGUAAAAGAGAAGAGGGAAACGUUGCUCUGUGAUGAAAAUGUCUUUGUAGUUUUUUCUUCUUUCUUUCUUUUUGGUCCUUUUUCAUGAAUGAAUGGACUGACUGAACUCUGGCUCCAAACUUUAUUUAAACUGUUGGGAGCAAAAACAACAAAAAAACAAGUAUUAUAAGCUUAUGUCCUUCCUUUUUUGAAACCGCAACAAAAACUUGUACCCAGCCUAUGAUCCCUGUCUGCUUAUUCCACAGGCACAGUAAGACUUAGUAAGAGAAUAUCCUUUCACCUGUGUACACUUCACUGGAGACCUGCCUCCAACAUGGCGACUGGGUGGACCAUGCAUUUUUUACUCCCUUUUGUUCUAAACUCUUAAAAAAAUAUACAAAUUGCCUUAUGGUCUGAAGUCAUCUUAAUAUAACGCCAUACAAAAUGUGUGUCCAUGCUUUAUGCAGGGUUAAAAUUAUAUCUAGAUGCAGACCAGCCAAACAUUCAACAGGAAAAUGGUUGAUCACGAUAACAAGAAAAUCAAAUAGCUAUUUAUAUCUACUACACUUUCAUUUCGGUGUUGUUGUUUAGAGUUAACAUGCUAAUAACUGGUCAAUUUGAUAGCUCAUUCUCUGUUCACUUAAAAUACUUAAAAUGUAUCUAGGGUCCAUCCAGUCCAGUUGAGGAAGUUUCUGUUUCCAAGCUCCUUAAAAUCCUGCAUCCCUCAUCUGCACAGUGCAUUUUGCCAACACUGCACCCCUUGCAAAACACCAUGAAAAAAAAAAACACAAAGCAAAACUAGAAGCUUCACAUCUCUAAAGCCACAACAAAAACAACAAAAAAGUUUGGAUUCCUGUCUGCAUUCGCCAGCGCAGCAAUCAGGUUUAAUAAAAAACGUGGUCGAAGUCAAGGGCUAUGGGAGGGUCCUUUUUUUGUAAGAAUUUUUGAAAAAACAAGCCUUCUCUGCUCAUUGUUGCCUUCUCCACUGCUCUGUCUCUGUCUCCCCAUCUUGUUGGCCAUCUUUGCACUUCCCUUGCGCUCUUGCCUCUUAGCAGUGCACAGUCAAAGCGUGCAUGUGUGAGUCCGCUAAGCCCUUUAAGAGUAUAGAGACUGGAGACCUGAUUUUGGCUUUGUUUAUGUACCGGUGGUUAUAGCCCUUUUAGCGACAUGGAAAAGCACUUAACUCUCUGCUAGACUACUAGAGUACCGUCUGAGUGUGUUUUUUGUAUGUGCGCUAUUAUUAGCUUUUGUGAAGACUCAAUGGCGUUUAUAUGUUAACACUUAAACUGUCUUUUUACAAUUGGACCUGUGUAUAAAAAGCCACACAGAUGCAUUGGGGAGAUGCGUAUUUGGCCUUGCUGUUAAGACAAAAGCCUAUGCCGUCAUGUCAUAACUCAUCAUAAGAGAUUGUUCUUAUCCUUUACGUGCAAUGCCAAGACCCAGUGAUAGUUAGAUCUUUCUUUUCCAGUUUUCCCAACUCAACAUAUUCUGCAUCCUAGUAUUUAUUGAUUUGCUUUUAGAUGAUUUCAGACACAUCCCUCUAAUCUCUAAGCAAAAAUCUGGCCUUCAAUAUAUUAAUUUGGUGAUGUGCAGUAAGAUCCUUUGAAAAUAUUUCUCCAAUGUAACAAUACUAAAUUUUCUACUAAAACUCACUUACAGUAGUAAGAAAGAAAUUGAUCAUCCAUACCUCUUUUUAUAGCACAACAAUAACAAUAAAAAAUCACUUUCUUUUACACAGCAGAAUGCCAUUUUCAACAAAAUCGAAUGAGUAUCUAAUUUUGAUACUAGAUUUGGUGGCUAGAAUUGAUUCGUCUCUGAGUUUUCUUACUUUUGGCAACUUUAAUCUCCAUGAAAUUGUGCAUCUUUAGCUACUUUUUUUUGACUAAUGACUACCCUAAAACCUUACUUUUUGCAUAUCUUGCAGAUCUGAGACACAGAAUAUUUAUGGAUGUAGGAAGUCGAUCAUUUAUUGCAUAUAGCAGUUUUCAAUAUCCUGGGUCAUGGAUUCAUUUUUCAUGUAAAAUUUGAUUAUUUUACAAUUUUGGUUUUCUUUGUUGCUAGUCACAUUUUUUCCCACCCUUACUUUUUAUACAAGGAGAACCCAUUUUAUACUUUUCUGCUCGCAUGGGGAUCAUCAGUGCAUUUGAAUGUAUGCCUCAUCCCUAUCCCGUACUGCUCUAUAUGUUUGUGUGUUUGUUACUACAUCGCUGCUAAUGCUGUUGCUGCUAUCGCUACUAUUAUUGCUACUGUUAAAGCUCUCAUGCUUCCUUUGCUCUUCCCUCCAAAAACCGCCAUCUUACUCCCGAUUUACCGUACAUUUUUUAGAUAAUCCCAAACUGGCUGGGGUCAAACUCCAAUGUAUUGAGACUCAAAUUCAACCAUACUUUGCAACAUUGACAUUCUUCUACAAGUCUCAAUAAGUUUCGAUCACAGCGUCCAGUCCUGCUUUACCUUUUCUCCCCCUCUCUUUCUCGCUCUCUCUCUCCGUUCCCUUGGCUUGUCCUGUCUGUGCAGUCAUAGCUUGUAAAUGGAGGAUAUAAAGAUGAAUUUUAUGUUUUCUACGAGGAGGUUUGCAUGUUACUAUUAUGUGAGUAAAUAAGGUGCCUAAUGUUCAUGUUUGAGCAGACCACACUGGGGCCAAACUGUUGCUUGGGAUCGCUGCAGAGGCUAGCACUUACUGUUCCACACAGUGCUAACAAAAGUUCAGUAGCGUCACACUUUUCUUAACCUGCUCUUAAAGACGCUAUUUGAAUCUAACUUACAUUUUGAUUAUAUUAGCUUGUACUGCGUUAUAUUCUUUUCUAUGCGUUGGACAGAGGCCCUAGUUGCCCCUGAUGCCCUCCCGACCGACAUUUUGUCCAUGUGUGGAGCAGACAUAGGAACCCACUUGCACUCAAAGCUCCCACCUUCGUUGUGCCUCACUUCCAACGGUGCUUUUUUCAGUAGUCUGUCUCUCUUUACGUUUGUUUGUAAGGUGCUGUAUAUAACUUGAAUAUAUUAUGCACAUAUCCUACCCAAUGGGUAGACACCACAAAAGUUGUGAAUAUUGUAAUAUAAUGUAUAGACAAUAUAAGAAUUUUAAGAAAGGCAGCAUCAAAUUUGUAAAAAUGCCUACAGUUAAAAACGUGCUUUGUCUUUUUUAUGAGAAAACAUGGUUUGCAAAGGAUGCUUAGAAUAUGGUUGCAACACAAAUUACUACUUAUAAUAUUUUGCUAUGAAUAUGAGUCUGUUAUGAGAAGAUGAGAACCUGUGGCUUAAAGACGUUGGUGAGAAAGGAUUCACUGGACUUUCUGAUUUGAGUCUAACGGGUGUGUUGUCAUGGUGAUGUAAAAAUGUCACGUACUAUCUCACAUGCCUUGGCCUUUGUCAUAGACUGUAGAAAAUAACAGACUGAGGAAUCGUUGACGUUAAAGCAGUUAUUGUGUUUGAAGUGUAUUAUCAAAAGCCCUUUUUCUUACUAUUCAUCUUGACAGUGAAGGUCAGCCUUUCUAUGUAGUCCCUGCUACUAAUUCAAUUGAUAACCUGCCAUAUUAUUCUAACCUUUUCUAAAGUUAGACCUAUGAUAAGCUCCAUUAAUGCAUUAUGAAAUUGCAUUAUUUUAGCCAUUAGCUUUACUAGUUUUAUCUAGUAUAGUUAUAAACAUGGCCCAUAACUUGACUUUGCCAAAUCAACAAUGAAACUUGGUCUUUAGUCCGUUACUUUCUACUGUCUUAUGAUAACUGGCCGUGUGAUCACAUGACUACCACCCUCCAGAGCACUUCCUGGAUAGGACUUAGUAUUUCUACCAGUCGUAGUUUGGUUAAUCUGCCAAAGCUUGUCUAGCAUGUUUAGCACAGCCUGACUCUGGAUUUCAAAGCAUUUCAUCUCUAGAAACCUAAUCAAAAAUCUGGUCAUUCCUUAUAUAUUAUUUUUUCUCUCUCUUUUUUUUAAUACAUAUGUUUCAAUAGACAGUUGCACCAAGUGAGGAUGAGUAACGCUGUCAUCAUUUUUUUUUUUUUCUAUACAUUCAGAUGUUAUUUGUGGCUCUGUAUAUGAUUAUGGACAUCAUGUUUGAUACUUAAUCUUGCAGUCAUUUAUUUACAGUAUGUACCCAGUAACUCCACUGUACAAUAUCCGCAGAGCAUGUUCAUUCUUAACUAUAGACGAUGUACAUAGCAAUGCGCCAUUCUCUCUUCAAAAGCACCAAAUAAGUGGAAGUUGUGUACUUUUCUUUCGGAGAGUCUACUUAACAUUAUUUUGGUUUUCCUGCACUAGCUUGAAGAACUAACUUGGGCUCAGACUGAUUUAAUUUGAGUUUAUUUCUUUUCUUUUUUCUCUCUACAGCGCGCUCCCUCUUUCUAAAACUCCGUAAUCAACCGCUGAUGACAAGUAGCUGUUUUUAUUGUUCCAGAUUUUAUUCUUGUCAAUAAUGAAUAAUACAAAAAUUGUCUAUACAGUCUGGUAUUUCUUGUCUUGACAGUUACCAUAGGACUGCUUCCAUCAUGGAUUUUGUAACAUUAUUUUGCUUUAUUUACAACCCCUCUCGUCAACCCCCCUCUCUUCUGCCCCCUCUGCGUGAAAACCUUGGAUAUCUACACGACCAUACAAACGUGUAAUCUGUAGCUAUCCAAAACGCGGAGGUAAAAAUCGUUGUGUAUCUUUUGCCUCUUUUUAUUUAAGCAAUUGUGAUGUAAUAGGUUUUAGGCCUAAGGUCUGUUAUUGCAAUACUUUUACAGAAAAGAAGAAAAAAAUGAAAAAAUGUUGCUCUAAGUGCUGUUGUAGUCAAAGAUUUUAUGCUUGUACUUAUGCUGUAGUCAAACUGCAGCGUAACAAAUAAAACUUUAAAAGUGAUAA